GUACGACAAUAUGGCAACGUUGUUCAGACAGGCUCCCUCACACACACACACACACACAGUCCAAAACAAACGCGCCGCAGCCUCUAAGGUUGCAAAGAAAUGAUGGACAAAGCGUAGGUUAUAAUGAAGAGCCAUGCAUCUCCCUCUUCUGCUUGUGCACGAUUCUAUACUGAAGACCAAGACACCGUGGCCUGAUCUGAGAUGGAUUGGGGAGGAUGGCGGGAAGGUGUGCAGUGCCUCCACACACCUGGCGGGGGAGGUGGACUUGUCAUCAGGCUCCUGCUCCAGAGUGGCCAAGCUCAGUGCUCAUACCAAGACAGCGGCAGCCAUCAACACAACUUACGGGGGCGUGUAUGUGUAUGGCAUGAAGAGUUCCGGUGACCUGUUCUUCUGGCACGGUGUUACUGGCCAGGUGCGGCAGGCCAAGGGCAUCCCUGAGCUGGCCACACACGCCACCAAUCCACCUGGUUCUAAUGUAGUGAGAAAUUUCUUUAAACAACGACGGCCACAGAGUCAUAGCAGUAAUGUACCCUCUGAGGGGACAGACUCAACUGGCUGUUCCAUCCCUUCCCACCACAAACCAAAGAUCUUUGCUUCCUCAACCUGCUCCAAGGUUGUGGUGGUUCUUGGGGCAUCACAGGUGUACCUGUGGGAGAGGUCCGUGGGAUCCUGCCUGGAGGACUGCUCUCCAUCCCAGCAUGUUCCUGGCAGCUGGUCAGUGGCUCGGUGCCCCAGCGAUACUCCCUUGCCAAGCACACACUCCAAGGAAACUCAGGUCACGUGCUGCUUUGUGAAGGAAGAGGGUUCGGAGGAGUGCCACAUCACCUUCAGCUUUGUGGAGUGUUCAUCGGUGGUGGUGAGCACGCUGACCCUCAUGUGGCGGGGAUCAAGGGGUCAUCUGCCUGCCGCACACUGGAACACACAAUGGGUCUCCCUGUCUGACCUCGGCAUGAAGGAAAAUGAAUUGCUACAUGUUAAAGGGACACUGAUUUCAAGUUGUGCAAGUGGGCGAAGUCUCCUUGCCAUUGCAGUGAAUUCACAGCAGCAACAUUCUAAGCUACUCUAUGUUCAUCCUCUGUGCGGCACUGUUGUGGUAACCAGGGUUCAAGAUGCUGUGCCCCAACUCAGAGGCAGUAAUGUAAGCUCAGCCAGAUGCCAGUGGGUGAGUGACCUGGCUUGGUCCCACGACAGUCUGUACCUCUUUGGAUGCUUGUCAUCUGGGGCACUGUUUGUGAGCACCAGGAUGGGCCCCCUUGCCAAGAUAUCCUGCCAGGGGGAAGGUCUACAGCUGCAGGCAGCAAAUAUUCUCUCAUUGCAUCCUCACUCCAACAUGCAUGCUGAGGAGAUGAGUGAGGCAGAGGGAGGCGAGAGUCCUGGGGGGUCACCGUUCUCCACCUUCUGUGUGUCCUCCCACCCCGCCACACACCAGGUCCUCCUCUCCUCGGGGCUCAGAGUCUCCGUGCUCAGUCUUCCUCUUGACGCCAGCAAGGAAGGUGAUGUGGUGGACCGCCUGCUUGCCUCAGCCACCCACGCCCUCCACCUCCUCUGCAACUCAGCCGUGACCCACGACUACGCUUACAUCCGCAGCAGCACCUGGAGACUGGCUCACUCUGUGCUGGACCUGACCCAGGGUCUCUCUGACCCCUCCACACCCAAGCCUCCCCAAGUCAGCUUGUGGGACAGAAGGGUAGUAGCAGCAGCAGGCAGCGUCCCGGAGAGAACCCCAGGGGACGAGGAAGAACUAAUGCUGAUUGAGCAAGCAGUGAAUCCCUUGAUGGCAGCUUGGGUCUUAGUAGGCUCUCACAGCGGCCCCCAUACUGUGGAGUGGCGGAGGAGGGGAGGCGAGGUGGUGGUGCUGGUGGUGAGGCUGGUGAGCACCCUCCUGCGAGUCACUGCCCACGACGAUCACUGUGAGCACCAGACACAGCUUCUCCUGGUGCUCCACUUCUACCACCAGUUUGUGAGGGUGUUGUGUGUGUGGCCCAAUUCCUUCCACAUGCUGAGGCCCACCCUGCUGCUGACCCAUCGGCUCCUCCACACAGUGCUGGCCUGUGAGAGACACGCCGGGGAGAGGAGCAUGGCCAGCACACUCCUCAUUCUGGCCCACACACUUACUGCUGUCCAAGUCUCACUUACUCAGACAUUUGCACUCAGGCCAGCACUAGCUCUCCAGGCACAGACCACGCCCGAAGCAGUGCAAGCCUUUCCUGGGGUAGAGGUCACAAACCUUGCCGUGCUGUCUUAUGAUGAUGUCGGAAGCAACCAACCAGGAGAUAAUUGUACCAUCUCUCUUAGAAUGAAGAAACUGUGGCUGUGUUUACAUGAAAAUGCUAAGAAGGUGUACACUCAGCUUGGAAAAAAGAAAUUUGAUAGGGAGAGUUACCAAAAGUCAGUAUUGGUCUUGAAUAUUGUACAAAGCAAACUCCAAGAUGUUGGAUGUGAUCUGCAUCAAGGAACGGUGAGGCUCAGAAGGGGUCAUCACCUCUACCUUGAUGGCUUAUACCUCAAGGCCAUGCAAGUCUGGAAGUGUGAGGUCAUGAGGUACUUAGCAGAGGGCCAUGGCAAAAAAUCAUUGGCCCAGAACCUGCAUUCUAUUCUGUAUACUUAUUUAAUAUAUGAGGGAGUCUCUGGUGUUACUGCCUUUUUAGACUGGUUGUCCAGUUUAUUAAGGUCUCUCCUGUGCCCAAAGAAUCAGUCUAGUCUAGAGAGUAGUGUAAACAAAGGCAUAACCAAAGCAAGUGGUGGCAUUAGGUUAUCACAUGAGUCCUCCAAGGUAAACCAGACACCAAAGAUAGACAGAAGAAAUAAAGCAACUGUCAAAAAUAAAAGUCAAGAAACACAAGUACCUGCAGUGAGAAAGCUAUUCCAAGAAAGAGUUCAUGGUAAAACUAUGAUAUAUACGUACUCCUCUGAGGAGAGAGCAUCUAGUCAAGAAUGUGCUACGAAACCAAAGACCGUGUCCUGCGUGAUCAGAGCCACGCGGCAAGUGAUUGGAAGUUUAGGACGCAUCAUGGCUCUGGAGACUCUAGGGUGCUGCCCCAAUGUGCCGGCACCACACAAGCCCCAUGCCAUUCCUCCUCUCUGGACCGUCACAACACAGCCUCAAGGAAUAGAUGGGCAGCUGUCACCCAUGAAGAGAGAGGAAGCCGGUUCUGGACAGUGGUCUGUUGAUGCCACAGCUCAGGCACUGGCCCUUGCCGGGUGUUGGGGAGACCUUGCUGUCCUGGCCUCCCGGCUCAGCGACACAAGGAUGUCUCUGGUGGCUGGGGUCCUGGCUAGUGUUGGGGAUAGCAGAGUCCCAAUGCCUAGCACAGUCCUUCCUCUGCACCAGAUCAAACACCUGCUGCAGGAACCAGUCACCACGUCCACAGCAUCAGAGUUUCAGAGUUAUCGGGAGCUCUUACAGUUGGCAGCUAUGACUGGUGUGGAGGUUGUGGCAGGCAUCCUUGAGGAGUGUCUGGCCAGAAUGAGGGACUUAACACCAUUAUUUGAGACCUUUGUGCCCUCUCAGGUGCACUUACCAGCCCCACCUGUGUUCUGCCCCCUUGGGCCUCAGGAUGGGGAGGACCUGUCCCUCUCCAUAUGCAGUGAUAGUAGUCUGAAUGAGAGGAGGCUGAGGCAGGAGGUGGCUGGCUGGCUGAGACUGGCAUGUCAGGUCACGAGUGCAGCCGGCCUUGCUUACCCUUUGCUCCUCUCUCUCCAGCAGGAAUACAGCAAGCUGCCAUUGAUGGGUGCUGAAGACCUGAGCUGCCUGAUGGAGUCCUUGGGUCCCAUGGAGGAUCACUGGCAUCCUGUGGGACCUGAGUGGGAGGGAAUCAUGCAGCUGUGGCACCAGGUGAUGGCCCUGGUGUGGGUUCUCUACUCCCGAGACAAGUUGUCCUUGGGGAUCCGUAGUUUUGUCAGAAAUUCAGCAGCAAUGCGCCAAGACCUGAAAUUUUGUGAAAUGCACACCCUGGAAAUUCUGUCCUGGGUAGAUGAGCUGAAUACUCUGUGUGACCACGACUCUUGGAGGACAGACUUUGUCACCUGUGCUGUGACAGCCGCCAGUGAGGCUCCUCCGGUGCCUGCCAUGGCUGCAGCUCUUGCCAAGGUUUUGCCUCAGCCUUCAGAAAUUCCCUCAUUGCUGAGAGAUAAGACAGAGAGGUUGUUUCUUACUUGGAAAAACACAAAUAUAGCAGUGAAUGAAGUUGAACCUUCCUUAAACAAUGGAUCAGAUAAUAAUGUUAUAUCCUCACUUGAAAUAUUCAAAUCCAUGUUUUCCAUUUAUGAGGAGAGUUGUGAAGAAAAUGCAAGGCAUGUGUCAUCAGAGGGUGACACCAGAGAAUCCUUCAGUUAUGUCAGUAAGUACCCAACAGAGUCAUGCAAUGGAACUUUUGCAGCUCCAAAAGUCAAAGAAGAAUUUGAGAAAUUUCUGACUCUCUUUGUUGAAAUGACUUUCAUGCGUGAUGUUCAGAAAUUCCCUCAACACACCUCAUCAGUUCCUCUGCUUGUUCAGUUUAGUGAUGUGCUUAGGAAGAGAGAAUUUGAAGGACUGAAACUGAAGAGUAAAAUAUACCAUGAAUCUACCACUGGCAUUGGUAACUCUGUGAAACAAAGUUCUCACAACUCCUAUGUGAGUGCCCUCACCACUCCAGAGAAGAAAGGCCUUUUCCGAAGCCUAGAAAUGCUGCCAAGAGGGAACAGGACUGUCCUUCUUUCCCCUAUAAAAAGGUCUAUGACAAGUCCCUCAAAAGUCACCCCUAAAACAAUAAGGUCAAAGUCACAAAACAUUACAAAUCCCUCUUGGAGAAAGUUACCCUCUCCCAGAGUGCAGGGAAGGUCUCGAUCAUUGUCUAGAAAGAAGAGAAAGUGUGUUUCUGUUUCAAGAGCGAGGAGUCUCUCUGUUGGAAGUGGGCGGAGGGUAUCACAAGAACCAGCAGAGCAGGAUCCAGUUCCCUCAGGUCUGAAAGCAUCUCAAAACAUCAGAAAUGGCAACAAAGAGUCUCCCAUGCAAAAGCUAAUGUGUCUUCCAGAGUAUUUUCCUUACAAUAUAGAACAUAUGGAGAUUCAGGACACAUUCAAUAUGCUGAACUGGAUGAUGAGCCGAGAAAGACAAUUUUGUCCCCAUGCUGUAGAGGGUGAUGUCCUUGUCUCAGGUGCUUCUAGCAAAAUAAAAUUACCUCUGAAUGAUUUGAUGCUUUCAGUACAGUGGAAUGACUUAUUCAAAUGCUGGUCACACAUGAAUGAUCAAAAGAGCUAUCUUGAAAUUUCAACUGAAGAUUUUGAAAAGAAAAAGAAAAAUGGAAAACAAAGAAUAAGGAAAGCUACAGAUUCACGUCCUCUCAAUGCACAUGCAGUUCCUGGGUAUGAAAAUGCUCGGACAGAAGUGGACCAAGGUAGAGCUGAGUGUAGAGAAACUGAUCAAGAGACGGAACUACAAAUGACCACCCCACAUGCAUUGAAUGGACUGUAUACCCUUGAAGAACACACUGGCAUUGAACAUUCACAUCAUGAGCCCGACACUGAAAUCACAAAAAAUCCUCAGCCAUCAGAAAGUCAAGACACAGAGGCACUAAAUACAGAAAAUGUACAAAUUAAUGAUGAUUCUGAAGAACGCUUAUCUCUGCCAUCCAAGAUUUCAGACACGAGGCCAAACAGUGAUUCAUUGAUACCGAGUGAUAUUUUUAACCUUGCGAGUUCUAGCAAAGGCAAAGUCAUGGAUUCUAAGUGUACAGAAGGGCAAGGCAUUGAAGGCCACUCUCAAGAAUCGUCUGUUACAACACACACUCAUCCUGAAGACCCACACCAGCUAGAUCACCCACCAGGCACACGUGUAACCAGCCCUUCACAGACCAUAAUAGAAGAAACAGAGUGUACAGAAAGCUCUCCUGUCUAUUCACAAGUAGUAGAGAAACAGAAAAAGGACAAGAGGAACAGCAUGAAGACUGAUGAGAAGAGCAGGACGUGUACUGACCUAGAUAGUUCCCAGAAUGAAGGUCUUGGUAGUUAUGCAAAGAAUGGUCAAGUUCCACUGAAGGGAUCAUACAGGAAUACCACUAAAGGUCACCAGGUAAAGGUGCAUUCUAAAGAGGUCAAGCAGUCAGUCCCAAGCAGGCAGUCCAUUCAUGUACAUUUUCCUCACAUAAAGAGUAAUCUAACUGGUGUCGAGGCUCCUGAGACAUCAUCUGAUCCAAAGGCUAUUCCAUUUGGUCAUCUGCUUCACCUUCCUCCAUUGGCAGGUCAAGGGAGUAGAUCAAGGGUGGCUGAGCUGCAGGACCAAAGGAACACCACAUCCAGUGACCCAGACAGAAAUACAGCUGAAGAUACGCUGGAUGAUGUUACGUUACCAGACUCCUUGCAUGCCUCUGAUCUGGAGGAGGAAAGUGAACUGGAAGCAUCUGGUCAAAAGAUCCAAAAUGAUGUCAUAAAGGGAAAUAGGAGUGAACUGGCUCAUGGUAGACCAGAGGAAAGGGGAAAAAGGGUGGGUGCACCUCUCCAGAAUAUUCGUGCUAAUACCAGAAAAGAAAGUAAGUAUGAACCCUUGGAUAGUAAGUCGAAAGAGGGACAAGCAAGGUCAAGAGCAUCUCUCCAUGUAGAGAAAAGAGAACCUUGUGACAUUCCUCGCCAUUGGGACUGUGGAGAGUUGCAUCUGAGGCCUCUGGCCGUGCAAGUCAAAGCUGCCCAAAGACCUGCACCAAUGGAUGAGGUCCAAGGUUCGAGAGAUGAGAAAACCAUGGCACAUGUGAAUGAAAAUACCAACACAAGAAAGACUCUGAAGCUUCUUACACUUCCAAAAAUUUCCCCAUCAGGGAAUGGGCAAACAAAACAAGAAAGAUCUUUACAGCUCAAGCAACUUCCAACACAGCAUGUGCACAGGCUUACUGCAACAGACAAACUGAACAGAAACCAGAAUGCUGUUUUAAAUGCACCAUUACACAUUAAAGGGAAAAGGGUGGAAGAAGUGAGGCCAUUAACUAUACCCAAAUAUUUUGAUUCUCCCCUCAAGGAAGACAGGAAAACAAAUACCUUCAGCUUUCUGAAUCCUCGCCAAGUGUUUGCGUUUUGUAAGCAAAGCCCACUUAAAAGUCCACCUGGGAAAUUCAAGACUCUUAAGGUCUCCAAAAAAUAUAUGAUACCAGAUUCAGAGUGGCAGAGUGAAAUCAGACUUCCAGCAAACCCUGAAAGGAAAGAUUCAGACACGUCAAACCAAGUUAGGGAAAGUUUAGACAAAGGGUUUCUGGAUGAAGUCAAAAGUUAUGCCAACAAGUACAAGAAAGGGCAUUAUGAAAAUAUUUUGAGAGGUGGUCAUGAAGCAAGUGAAAGAGAAUCCAUACUUCAUUAUGAACCAUCAGAAGCUGAAGCAAGAACCAAUAACACCAUCCAAAGUCAACCCCAACCUAGAGGUGAAAGUAAAUUUGUGAAAAAUAGUCAAAGCUGUAUUGGUGGUAAUGAUGAAACCAACAGUGGCAAUAAAAACCUUGAGAAUAGUCUGCUGUCAAAUCAGUCAAAUGAUAUAAAUUUGGUGAAGAAGAGGAGAGUAGAAAAUAAGUCAAUCAAUACUGAACCUUAUGAAGUGACGACCCUCAAGACAGUGAAGGCUCAGGGAACUCAGAUAUCAGACACUGAGACGCGGCAGUUUAAUGGCCACAAGCCGCCACAGCUGUCCUUAGGAUCUGCAGUACAGACUCAGACUUACAUUCCUCAAACAAGGGAGGCAUCUGUGCAUGCUGAAGUCAUCAUACCAAGUAAGAGUGAAUCUGUUCAGGUUGAUUCACUGAUCACGCCAGUCGAGUUGCCAUCGUCGCCAUCUCCAUCACCCCAAGUAAAUCAGUCUUCCCUUCAAUCACCAAGUGCUGCCUUGCUUCCUCAACAUCCAUCGGCUUCUUACAAGUUGGAGUUCCAAGCGCCCAGUCACUAUUCCCAGGCACCCUUAGAUACUGGCACAGGGUUUGUUCACAUUUUUGAUACUCCAAAUGAAAUUGUUGAAGAAAAACUGAAAGACAUAGAGAUGAAUAGGACUAUUCCCUCAUUAGAUGUGCACAAAAGUUAUGAAGCUGCAGAUUCUGAGGAAAGGAAAUCAGCAAAAUCUCUUGGUUAUGCAAAAGGCGGGUAUGACAGAAAGGCAAAUUCACUUCAUGAAAAGCAGUUAGUUCAAACCUCACAUGAAACAGGAGGGAGUGACAUGAGAGAACUUGAAAGAUCCAACUAUUCUGCUCAAAAACUUGAUGAUGAUCAGUUAAACUCAGUCCCAUUUGUUUCCUCAGGGCCAAAUGAAGUUCAGAGGAAUGAUGAUAAUAUGACAAUAGACAAACUUUAUCAAGAAUUUUGCAUUGGUAAAAUAUCACUAGAUGAUUUUCAUCAGAUGAUUAUCAGCAUUCCAGAGGAGGAAGAAGUUAAAGAAGACUCUUUGCCUGAAACGAAUAAGAGGAGUAUUGGGGCACUAGAGCAGCAGGUGUUGGAGGCUGCUCAGAGUAUCAGUGAGUCACAGCAUCUUGUGUCAAGAGUUAGACUGCUGAUGGAGGAUACUGAAAAAGCCGAAACAGACAAACCUGCAGCACAGAGUCACAGAUCAUGUAAAAUGUUCUCAAGUAAUUCUAGUCAUAGACAGCAUAAUGAUGUGAAUAUGGCCAGCAGUUCAAGAGAGCCUGCACAGUGGCAAGAGGCUUUGUCAGUGUACAGAAAGCAAGGAAAAAUAGACACAUUAAUUCAAUUUUUAAAUGCUGUUGAUUUUGAAAACAUAACAAGUGAUAUGGUUGAUGAGAUAAUAGAGUGUGAAAACAAUAUCCAGUCAAAGGGAGUUCAGAAAAUGUCAGGAAGCUUGGAAACUGAUGAAAGCACUUCAUUACAUCAGAAAAGAAACAAAAUAUUUGCUGCUGAUAGGAAGCAACCCAUAGGGAGGGGUGAUGGUUUCUUCAGCAUUAAAGGUGCAAACUAUCAGGACCCUGCACAAGAAGAAGCACCUUCUACUGUUGACUCUGAACUGACAAGAACAGAGGAAUGGCAAAAAAGUUUUGCAUCAGACACUGGGUUAUCAGAGUUACAUCUUGAUCUAGCAUGUAUGAGGUCUCAUUCGGAUGACUUUGAUCUUUUGUCGAGUGGGAGUCUACUGGGAGAGAGUACAUCUGUUGGUCACAAAGAAAAACUGCAGCAGAGACGGAGGGAAAUUCGAGCAUGGAUCAAGAAAAAGAGACAGAGGAGAAGGGAAGAAGCUCAGGCAAGAUUGUCUGCAUCUCCAUCCAACCUGGCAGCCUCAAGGGGAUGUUCCAGGGCACAUGUUGAGGUAGUCAGUGAAGUUGCUGCAGAAAACAUGGGCUUGACUGGGAAACAGAUAAGGGAAAGAAAUUGUGAAAGAGAGGUAAAGCGUGCUAAACAAAGAGGAAAUCAUCAGAAGAAGCGUGAAGCGGACAUUGCAAAACUCCUAGAUGACCAUGAGGAGGAACUGACUACAUGUCGGAGUUUUAUAGAGCCCAGUUUUCACAGUGAAUCCCCACCAUCCCCAAAAAGAUGGAUGAAAUGGAAAAGUUUCCUGAGUAGCUCAAGUAAGAAUAGUAGAUCACACACAAAUCUGCAUGCAAGGUCUAAAUAUGAUGUCAUGAACAGGCAGAAGAAAACAGGAUUGAAUAAUUAUUUCAAGGACAAAACAGAGGAGUGGAGGAGGAGACAACAAGAAGGCCUCAUCCAGUCACCUCUUACUGUUGACGAGUCAGAAGAAAGAGGAAAGAAAUAUGUAGUAGAAAACAAGAUGGAAAGUAACACAAGUCUGCAAAUGGAGCUUUACUAUUUGAAGAGGUGCUUACUGCCCCAAAAGGACAAACUCACAACGAAUCUCAAGUUAGAAGAUAAACUUACCUCACUGGAUCAGUCAUAUCACCCUUCACUUCUUCCUAAAGAUAAAAGCAAAACUGGGUUCAGCCAUCAAAAUCACUCGGCCUUCCCAGCAAGCAAGGGAAGUGAAGCCACCAGUAGUGUGCCUAGAGAGAGUAGCUCACGGCAUUCUCUACCGCUGAGUGGAACCUUCACUGUACCUCUAGACCGCAUAUCUGAGGUGGCGUCAAAUGUUUCAGAGACGUCUCUAUCAGAAACCUUCCAGGAAGACAAAGAGAUUGUUUCUGGAGCAGAGGACUCCAGCACAGACACCUCAUGGACUGUACCACAUGAAGUGAGGAAGCUCCUCUACAGCAACCCUUGAUUGUCCUUUGGCCUGGCAUUGAGAGGGCUUGCCAGAUGGAAGGCGAGUCAUUAUGGGACAGCCAACUUGAAUAGGUGCCUUGAAUAUUUUAUUUGUAUCAGUUUGAAUGUAUACAAAGGAUCAGUGACAAGAGCAUGUCAAAGUUGUUUAUCUUUACCAGGGUAUUAGGAAAAUGAAAUUAAAUAUUUAAUUUUCAUAAUACUGUUUUUAUUAACAUAACUUGGUAUGUAAAAAAAGUUUUCAUAUGGUAACAAUCACAUUGCUGUAAAUCACUAGAAAAGUUUUUCUUUUAUUGUACAAUAUCACCUGAACUUCAUUCCUUAUGCCAGACAGGGUAUGUGGACCCAGAUUUGAGAAACAAAAAAUACAUGAUAGGCAAAGGAAAGAAACAUUAUAAGUUCUAUCUUAUUUAUGUGCUCAUACACAACCCUCAUGUUAGUCAGUCACUCUUUUAAACUACCCGUCUACCUCACAGUGGACCCUGCACAUACAUGGAAAUUUCAAUGCUUUGUGACUUUUUUUUUAUUUCUUUAGGUGAGUGUGUGUGUGUGUGUGGUGGUGGAGGGGGGAAUGUAAAUGCUCAAGAAAGAGUUGUGGGAUUCUCUGCCCCAGGAUCAAACCAUCUAUACUUCUGAAGGAACAUACUUGGCUAUUUGCUUCAGGCAAGAGAUAAGUGAUGUAACUGCCCAUUCCUUAAUGCCAAAUGUUGAAAAAUGUUAUAAAAAAGAAGCAACACUAAUAAACUAUUUCCAAAUGCUAAACUAAUAAAAAGUAAGUGAGGUUAAGCUGCCAGAACUAACAAACUUCAUAGAGGUAAACAAUGAAACAGAAUAUUAUAUAAUUUAUAAACAAUUAUGGAAUAUGGCCAGAGGAAUUGUGGUCGGUAGAUGAAUUGGUUCUUUUCAUAUUUCAGCUAGUUUUUUUUUAUGAAGUUUCAUACUGUGCAAAUGUUUGAAGCUCUGUGAAAGGGUGUUAGGUCAACUUGUUACCAAGCCAACUCAUAACCAAGUCAACUCGUACCUCGAUUAACUCAUACCACGUUAACUUAUAGCCCUAAAGCCAUGGUCAGCUUGUAACCUUUGGAUUUGUAAUACAUCAUGGGAUUUGUCUUUCACUCUCAGUUCCACACUAGUAAUCAUGAGUAUAUGCACCCCCCCUCAGUAUCUCACACAAUCCACCAUAAACGCCUGCACCAUGACGGGCUGGGGCCGAAUACCAUCCAGGCCCCUCGAGCAAGCCUACCUGCGCAAUAGGCGGAGGCGUAGAAAAAAAAAUAAUAAUAAUAAUAAUAAUAAUAUUCUUGCAUAUUUCAUUCUUCCAAGCCUGGCUACCUUCUUCAUUUAUCACAUCUUUGAAUAUCGGGUAUCAGCUGCGAAGAGCGCUCCUACCAUGGCUAUCAAUAUAAGCUAAUUCAGAUAUUAUGUAUGUGAUCAAGUUUAGAUAAGGUUACUAUUGAACUCAAACAGAACUUUACCUUUAAUGUUUUGUAGAUAAUGAUGAACAGGCUUAAUCACUUGAUCAUGAUCAAGUGAUUAAGCCUGUUCAUCAUUAUCUACAAAACAUUAAAGGUAAAGUUCUGUUUCAGCUCAAUAGUAACCUUAUCUAAAACUUUGUUGGGAUAUUCAAACCAGUAUAUUAUGAAUUCUAGUGCUGGACACUGCUAACAGAAAAGUUAGCUUCACCAACUAAAAUUCACUAAAAAGUUAGUUUUGCUUAUGCUAAACCGCUAAACUGAUAAAGAAACUUUUUCAUGCAUUUUUUUUUUUUUUCAUAACUGACGCCUUUAUUAUUUUAAGUUUAUUUCUUGUCAUGUGGAAAAUAUUGAAUUCUUGUUAUUAAAUCCCAAGUUCAGUGAAUUGGAAAUGGAAGAUGCAUUACCCCAAAAUACCCAAAAAAUUUUCAUAAUAAUUGUCCAAUUACCCAACUUUAAGGCGUAAUUUACCCAAAAGUGGAAGCCUUGGAAUUAUUGUGCCAUAUGGCUCAACAGGUGCAGAGACUACCAAGACGGACAAGAACAAACCUGUAUGAAUUAUUUAGUGGACUUAAAAUUAGCAGAGGAGGAACUACAUUUAGCGGAAGCUAAUUGGUCCACUAACUGUUUCCAAAGUUAGCGAAAACGCUUAUCAGCUGACGAAAAAGUUUGCUUCGCUAAUUAGCGGAACUGCACCCACCACUGAAGAAUCCUAACUAUAUGAAUUACUACCCACACGGUAAUAAUGUCAGUCGUUUUAUAGAAAAAUUCCUACCAUUUACGAGUUGAUCAGAGGUACAAAUAUAAGGUAUGAGUUGACUUGUCUACGAGUUGACCAAUAACCUGAGAGAAGUAUUCUUGUUAUAAACAAAGGGAACCUAACAUAACCAAAAACUUUUGAGACAAAGAAAUCUUACCAAUUUCUUAAGUAGAUAAUUGCCUUACACACAAAAUGCAUUCAUAAGACACUUCUUGGUGAAAGGGUCUUUCUAAAGCUAAAUUGCACUAGAUAGCGCUGACAACUCAAACCCUAUGGAGGAGGACAUUUUCUAAUAACUUUGCCUUACUGAGGGGUAUUUGUGCCUUUCUUUAGAAACACUUGUUUCUUUGCUGAUGAGAUUUUGAUGAUUUGUUACUUUACAGAUAUUCUGAGUUUGUUAAGGGGAACUAUGUUGAUCAACUGAAGUGGACUUUAUCUCUUUGUCGAAGAGAACUCAAGCCUUUGUUGAGAGGAACUUAGCAUGGAAUGUUUAUCAACUACAACAAGGCUAAUUCUUUAAAAAUAAUGGAAUCAUAAGAGGUUUAUCAUUAUUAUCCAGUAUCAAUCAUGAAAAAAGCAAUAUAUCUGCAACAUGAUGAAUCACCAAUCACCAGCAUCAUUAUCAUCAGUCACCUCAUUUCCCACACCAAGCUGCAUGAACCAGAAACAUAAGAAACAAGAUGAGCGAAGCUAAAGUGUGGAAAGAUCACCCAGUGAUAUUGACCCCCAUCACUUCAUAAGAAUGAUGAAACAACAUUCAAAACAAUUAACUGAGUGGCUGAGUGGUUAGCGUGCGGGCGUCACGUCUAGGAGGCCACAGGUUCGUGUCCCACCCACUGCCACAAGCUGGGAUUUUUCAGUCACUGCCAAGUGGCCUAAGAUGACCCACAUGCUGUCCUGAAGACCACCUAUCAAACUGGACUCUAGAUUCUCUCUCUACAAGAGAGGAUCAAAGAUGAGCUCUGGGGGCACCAUGAGCCAAGCAAGAUGGCACCACUAUAAACAUUUGCCUGCACCACAAUGGGUUAGGUUAACCAUCAGGCCCCAAAAGUAAGCCUAUUGGCACAAUAGGCAGAAAAAAAAAAAUAAUAACAAAUAUAAAUA